GGACUGUGUCUGUUCAGGCGUUACAAGAGAAAUAAACCAGGAAGGAUCUCCUUACGAUCGUACUAAACUUUCAUAUGGACACAAUUUAUUAAGACAGUCUUGAGAACACAGUGAAUGUUGAGUUGAAGUGAUUGUAAAUGUGUAUCUCGCUUUUGGACAGAAGGUUAAGUCAUCUGUGUCUCAGAGAUGAAGUUCAUUUGUUUGACUCUCCUGCUUGUUAGUGGAAUUACAGAUUCAAGAUCAGAGCAGUUUGAAGUAGUGGGACCAGCAGAUCCUGUAUUUGCUGUCGCUGGUGAAGAUGUGAUUCUGCCCUGUUCAGUCAAACCCAGCAUCAGUGUUGUGGACAUGAGAGUGGAGUGGUUCAGACUUGAUCAGAAAGACUCAGUGCAUCUCUAUGAUGAUCAUGAAGACAGAAACACAGAGCAAAUUCAGUCCUACAGAGGAAGAACAAAACUGAUCCAUCAAGAACUACAAAGAGGAAACGCAUCACUCAAACUCUCAACAGUCCGAGUCUCUGAUGAAGGAGUUUAUAAGUGUUUUAUUCAGUCUAAAUCCUGGUCUGAUGACGCCACUGUUGAUGUCAGAGUUGAAGCUGUGGGACGUCCUCCAGUGAUCACUGUAGAUGGGUUUGAUCGCUCAGGAGGGCUUCAUCUACAGUGUGAAUCUGAAGGUUGGUAUCCUGAACCUGAUCUUGAGUGGCUGGACAGUGAAGGAGUCAGUUUGAGUUCAGAAACUACAGAGACACACAGAAACACAGACAGAUUCAGUGUCAAACAGGCCGUCAUUGUUUAUCACAGUGGCAAGAUUCACUGCAGAGUCAAACUGAGACAUCACAUGCUGGAGACACUGAUCAACACCACAAAUAAUAGGUUUAUUUCUUGGAGGACGUCAGUCAUCCUGAUGUCAGUUUUUGUUGUGCUCGUUGUGAUUGCUGGAAUACUGAUCACUGUGUUUGCUCAUAAUAAAAGAGCACACGAUCAACUACAGGAUGAGAAGAGCACAAUACAACAUGGUAAAUCUGUCUUUAUUGAAUCGUUUAAUUCAGAUGAGAAGAGCACAAUACAACAUGUGAAAGUGACUCUGGAUGCUGAUUCAGCUCAUCCACGUCUCGUCGUGUCUGAUGAUGGGAAACAAGUGAGAGAUGGAAACAGCCGGAACGCAGGAAAACACAGGUUUGAUAAUUAUCUUGGUGUUCUCGGGAAGGACGGAUUCUCCUCAGGGAGUUUUUACUUUGAGGUGCAGGUGAAGGAUCAAACUUGGUGGGAUUUAGGAGUGGCCAGAGAAUCUGUUAACAGGAAGAGCUUGAUCUAUCUGAGGCCUGAUGUUGGAUACUGGACUGUGAGUCGGAGAUAUGAGGAGUAUUCGGCUCGUGAUUCUCCACUCGUCCGUCUGUCUCUGAGAGUGAAGCCACAGAGGAUCGGUGUGUUUGUGGAUUAUGAGAAGGGUCUCGUCUCCUUUUAUGAUGUGGAGUCCAUGUCUCAUAUCCACUCUUACACCAGUCAGUCUUUUAAUGAGAAACUCUUUCCAUUUGUUGGUUUGGGGUAUAGUUGGAAUGAUAACUCGACACCACUGAUUAUCUGUGAUGAUUAUUAAUGACGUCAGUGAAUGAAUUUACAUGAUCAAGUGAAAUAGAAGGAAAAACAAUACAAUAAGUGUAACAGCCACAAAUAUGAAGUAUUAAUCACAAAUGUGGUCACAGAAGUGUGUGUGAGUCGUUCACCUGAUCCCUGUUCCCCGUCAGCUCCUCCUCAUCUCCACUAGAUAGUGAAUGAAAGUCAUCAUGAAGUGCUGAUCACAGGAACUGUUCCUCCCUCAAUAGUGUUUGUUGAUGAAUGUCCAGAUUGAGGAAAGCUGGAAUCAAACAAGCUCAAAUAUUAGACAUAUUCAUGUGUGUAACGUUUUCAUCACUACAUCAUUCCCACAAUGCCAUGCGUGUUAUUCAGAUUUCAUGACUUAUAUGUGGAUCGUGUAAAGAAUUAGCCGUGUCCAAACUUCUGAUCAUAACUUAUUAGAUUUUGGACACAGAUGAAUAGAUGAGUUUAACUUUAUUCAUAUAUUCUUAAGUGCUCAUUUGUAUUCUUCAUUUUCAUUCUUUUAUUAUUAGGAUGGAUAUCGUUCCCCCAAAAAGAAAAUGUUCAUGUCUUUCUAACCCUGUUUUUAUUAUUCUAUUAAACACAAUAUUGAGAUGUUA